UCAUUUCAUUCCUCCCCUCAUUCCGCGCAUUCCUCGCAUCGCUGGCGCCGCGCAGCCCGGCCGGGAGCCCGGCCCGCCCCGCCGCCGGCCGGGCAGCAAACUCAUCCUCCGAAGGGCUCCGUCCGCCGGCCCGCGGCAACCUACGGCCGCGGUAUAAAUAGCCCGAGCGGCGGAUUAAAAAUAGGCGCGGGGCCAUAAAUAGCCGGGGCGGCCCGGGGGGCGGCGGGCGAAGUUUGCCGUCGGAGCGCGGCGCGCUGGCGGUGCGCGGAGGGGGCCGCGGCGCGGAGAGCUGCUGCUGCUGCUGCUGCCGCCGCCGCUGCUGGUUAAUUGCACAUUCAAGUGGAAAAUUUUCGGGAGUCAGCAGAAACAUUGUAUCCAAAAAAGACAAAGUCGCAGUUGCAGCAACACCGAGGAGCUUGUCCCUGGAAAACUUCCUUUCGGUUUAUUUCUUUGAAGACUCCAGGCUUAGGCUUGGAGACCCCAACCAUCACCAUUGAGCCCAGCAGCUGGAGCGGCAGCGAGAGUCCUGCCGAAGAUAUUGAAAGAAUGAGUGAUUCUGCAGAUAAACCUAUUGACAAUGAUGCAGAAGGUGUCUGGAGCCCUGACAUUGAACAGAGCUUUCAGGAGGCUCUAGCUAUCUAUCCACCAUGUGGGAGGAGGAAAAUCAUCUUAUCAGAUGAAGGCAAAAUGUAUGGUAGGAAUGAAUUGAUAGCCAGAUACAUCAAACUUAGAACAGGGAAGACACGGACCAGGAAGCAGGUGUCUAGUCACAUACAGGUCUUAGCAAGAAAGAAAGUUCGAGAAAUUCAAGCCGCCAUUAAGGUGUCUAGUCACAUUCAGGUUCUUGCCAGAAGGAAAUCUCGUGAUUUUCAUUCCAAGCUGAAGGUAACAAGCAUGGAUCAGACAGCAAAGGACAAAGCACUCCAGCACAUGGCAGCAAUGUCAUCAGCUCAGAUAGUCUCAGCUACUGCUAUUCACAACAAGCUGGGCCUGCCAGGAAUUCCCCGUCCUACAUUUCCUGGGGCACCUGGGUUUUGGCCGGGCAUGAUUCAAACGGGGCAGCCUGGAUCCUCACAAGACGUAAAGCCAUUCGUUCAGCAGGCCUAUCCUAUACAGCCAUCAGUCACAGCUCCCAUUUCAGGAUUUGAGCCUACAUCAGCUCCAGCUCCCUCAGUCCCUGCGUGGCAGGGCCGAUCAAUUGGUACGACCAAGCUCAGGCUGGUGGAGUUUUCGGCUUUCCUUGAACAGCAGAGGGAUCCUGAAUCAUACAAUAAACACCUCUUCGUACACAUUGGACACGCUAACCAUUCUUACAGUGACCCGUUGCUCGAGUCGGUGGACAUUCGUCAGAUUUAUGACAAAUUUCCUGAAAAGAAGGGCGGUCUAAAGGAACUGUUUGGGAAGGGGCCUCAGAACGCUUUCUUCCUCGUAAAAUUCUGGGCUGACUUAAACUGCAACAUCCAGGAUGAUACAGGAGCAUUUUACGGAGUCACUAGUCAGUACGAGAGCUCAGAAAACAUGACAAUCACCUGUUCCACCAAAGUCUGUUCAUUUGGAAAGCAAGUAGUAGAAAAAGUAGAGACUGAAUAUGCAAGGUUUGAGAAUGGCCGAUUUGUGUACAGGAUAAAUCGCUCUCCGAUGUGUGAAUAUAUGAUCAACUUCAUACACAAGCUGAAACAUUUACCUGAGAAAUACAUGAUGAACAGUGUGUUGGAAAACUUUACAAUUUUAUUGGUGGUAACAAACAGGGAUACACAAGAAACCCUGCUCUGCAUGGCUUGUGUAUUCGAAGUGUCAAACAGCGAACAUGGAGCACAGCAUCAUAUCUACAGGCUUGUAAAGGACUGAGCAGUUAUUUAUAUAUACACUUCAUUUCACUUCUUUAUCAAAACACAGACUGUAAACCUCAAACACUAAGUGGCAGUGCCUCUGGCCCAACUUUCACCCACAUUUUUCUAAAUCCUGUUUUAGUGAAGUCAUUUUUAAUGUGUUCAUAUAUAAUUGUAGCUGUGAAAUUCUGGUACAGUUGUAAAAAUUAUUUCUAAAACUAAGUGUUCUUCAAAUUUGUAAACCACAGUUCUUUGGGAAGACUGUAUUUAAGAACCUAAUGCCUCUGUCUGUGGAGGCCUAUUUUUAAUUCUGAUAGAAAAAUGUAUGACAGAGCAUUUGCCAUGGGGAAAAACUGACAGCGUUUAUAAGAAUUUAUUUUGGGUUUUUUUCCAACAUGAAAUACUUGUUUUACAAUGCAAGUGAAAUUGAAAUGAAUCUUUAGCUAUAACUGUAAAUGAGUACGCAAAGUUAAUAAUCUUUAUAGAAUUAUCUUUGUAACUAAUUAGGGUGGAAGAUAUGGACGAAUGUAAUUCACUAAAUUAUUUUUUAAAAUGAAACAUUUUUCUGUUUGAAACCAAAUGAAAAAUAUAGCCUUAAGAAAUGCCUGAUGGAAACAGACAGGUCCUAAAAUUAGGCAAAUUUUGUAUUUUUUUCUCAACGCUAAAACUAAUCUUCUAAUCCAUUAAACUUUCAAACAGGUAUUGCAGAGAAAGAAAACAUCAUCCCUUACCCCUAACAUAUCUAGUGUAUUUUAAAAGAGUAUAAAGUUGUAUUGUACUAAUAUGAAAAUUUGAUUAUUUAAUGAAAAAGAUGGCUCAUUUUGCAAUAAGUAGGUAAAUACUGAAGAUUUAGACUUGCAUUAUAUGUAGUCUUGUGUGUGCAGUUAUAUUUUAUAUGGACAACUAUGUUUUCUAAUAAGUUGAGCAAAAAACUUGCAACUCUGAAAUGAACAGAUGAACGGAAACAACUGACAUUGUGACAGCAUCAAGUAAUUCGUAAACAGAAAGCAAAACACUAACGUGUUUGAAAGAAGAGUAUGUACAACUCUGAAAGGAUCAACAGCUUUAAUAUCUAUGAGAUGCUAGAAAAUCACAACCAGCGAUCAGGCAAAGAAGAUUGGAAAGUGGAGAUUUAUUUUUUUUUUUCUCCUUUUCCUCUCAGUCAUGGUGCUCUUACACCUCCCCCAGUUGUCUCUCCAGUUCUGACUGGCCAAGACCUUUACAAAACAGACACAUACGUACCACGUGGGGUCUGCUGUCCUUUUGCAUCCAGAUGUGGUAGUAUUCAUCCUUCUGAUAUAUUCAGGGAAGACUCCAGGAAGUGAAGUACAGCUGGAGAUAUUUUAAUACUGUAAGGAUUUGAACCAUGGAUGUGGGUGUGAGUGAUUGUCUGAGGUAGCACGUGUGAGAGCAGUAGUCUCAUUCCUCCUGGUCACAUCAGAGAGUGUUGCUCCGUUUCUUCUCUCCUGCUGCAGCCCAGCACAGCCCCUCAGUUGCCCAAGCACUUGUUUGGGCAGGUGCUGGGCCAGCAGCGGGUUCUCAUGUGAAACCUUUGUCUGAAAGGCUGAGGGCUGCCCCACCAAGCACAAGCCACCUUAGAGAUCAGUCAUGAGGUAUCAGCAAAGAGGGUUCUUGGGAAGGUCUUUUGUAGUCCUGAAUCAAAGAAGUUAACAUUUAGCAGGUCCCUCCUCCCUACCCUUUUACAAACAGUGCCCACGCGCCAUUUAAGUGUAGAAUUUACUCCCGGUGCUGUAGUCUUCAAAAAAGAAAGCUGUUUGGUUUGGGUUUUUUUUAUAUUAUAUGCCUGCAUAGUACUGUCUGUUAGAAUUGCCCAUUGUUGAGUUAUCCAGACUAGAACAGAGCCUAGAUGAGGUAGUGGGUCACUGUAUGUCUGCGUCAGACCAGGUUCAGACUCAGCACUGGUGAGGCCUCGGGUCAGAGAGCGAUGCAAACACCACCGAGGGGAAGGGCAACUGCUUUAGUUCCUCAGCCUACCUCUGAUCUGACUCUGGUAGGUGGAUGAUUGCUGGGAUGUCUAGCUGUUACCUGCUUGUGGAUAUUAGGGCUGAUGAUCUUUCAGUUUUAUAUUCUGCGAACUGAACAGAGAAAUAUGUCCAUGGUAAAGUCUCUUUUAAUGCUCAUUUUUAACACUAACAAUCACAUCAGGAAAAGCACUGCAUUGUAACAGCCUAACGGUAGCCCUUUAUUCUAAGCACUUGGUGUUACAAGUCAAAAACUACUUUGUUUUUUUGUUCUAAAGUUGUCUUUUAUUUAGGGUUUGAAUUGUGGGUUUGGUGAUUUUUUUUUUUUUUUAAUUUUUUUUUGUUUGUUUGAUAACAAGCAAACUCUUUAAGGCAUAUAAAGUAUGUAAGUCAAUUUUCAAAACCAGGUACAGGUUUUUUUAAUAGAGUCUGACACACUACAUAUGCCAUAACUCUAGGGUAUAAACAGUCACAAUGUUUAUUGGUGUUCACAUAUGUAAUAUUAGGGAAACUACUUCCAUCGUCUUUUCUUUACACUUCUGUAAAUGAUCCAUACCCUGUAUAUGUUAAUUCUUAAAAGCCUUAAUCCUUCAACUGUUGAGUGUGGGGUGUGUAGUCCAACAGGCUGCCUGUAAACUGUGAGCUCUUUUGUAAGCUGGAAGUACUUAUCUUGUUACUGUUACUUUUUUGUAGGAACCUUUUAAUUGAGAGCUGCCAAAGCAUUACAAUAUGCAGUGCCUUAGCAUUAUAUUAGAAGAACCUUUAGCCUCUUAACAUAAAUUUUAUAUGUUGUUUUAUUAAUUGGUUCCAUUUUUAAAAUAUCUGUAUUUUUUCCCACAGAAAAAAUAUUACUCUUUGACUGCUUGGUCUAAACCAACCGUCUGUACAAGUCAGUCCCAUUCCUACCCAGAUAAAUGCCUAUACCAAAAGGAAAGGUUACAGAUUCUUAGUUCUCCGUGAAAAAAGUGAAUUGUAUUAAGAAAUGCUGCCUUUUUAAAUUUCAUGACCAAAUAAUUAAUUGUGACUCUUCUGCACUCUAGCAUGAAAGUGCCUUUGGUUUGAAAUUCCAGCUUAGAAAAGUGCUGCCAUAAUAAUGACAAUUUGUAGAGAGACCAAAAAUAUUUAGUUAUCACCGUAAUGCCUUUGGUUUAUUGGAAUAAGUUGAAUCUACAGGCCUCCAUUCACAAAAGAGCACCAUUCAUAGCAAAGUGAUUUUGCUAAUGAUCAGCCUGCUGAAGAAUAAUCUACUGUUUGCCAUUUCUGACAGCAUUGCAAUCCAGCAACUGAUUUGUCUGUGAUAUAAAAAUGAAAAUAUUCACGUUUAUAUUCUCUUCAUCCAGUCACGCAUCUGCAUAAUGAGAGAUCCAUAUACUGCAGAAUUUCAGUGGACAGACAUGACUUCACUGAUCUCCUCUAAUAAUAUUUCGGUAUCUGUGAAGAUUCUUUGUUUAGACACAAGAUUUUGUUUACAAAGUUGUGCAUGCUGAAAGUCAGCUGCAUAAACCAAGGUGAAAAUGGAGAACCGAGAACAGUUAUAGGGAAAAUGGAAUUGUGUGUUUUUAAGCAUUGAAAUGUUGAGUGUGAGCGUUGUGGAUGAAGGUGCUGUUAGAGAAACUCUGGCCAGCACGAUUCAAAACACAGGGUUGUUUUGUUUAUCUCCCAGAUGAUGUCUUGGAAAAAAAAAAUUAGCUCCUCUUAAUAACGUGUCUGUAUUUGAUACCUUCUGUGAACGGGGGCCAUACUGUACACUACAACUGAAAUCGAUGGGAAGAGGAGCAAGAUUUUAAGAAAACAAUGUUAGAAAGAACAAAUAUCAGCAAAACCAAAAGCUGUCAGAGGGAUUAUAUAGUUGUGAAUACAAUUUUAACUUGAUUUUUAAAGUAUUUGAUGAAAACUAAGAUUAACUUUUUAUAUAGAGAAAUAUUGUGACACUGUGUGGUAAAUAUUGUGAUAAUUCAAGUUCCCUUUCUCUAAAAUAUUAUUUUUGUUAUUCCUUCAAGGUCUAAAUCUCACUUACCUCUAUAAGACAAGUAAUCCUGUUGAACAUAAUGAGACUGAGGUAGGGCAAAGACACUUUAGCCCCACAAGCAGAGCAAAACAUUUUCAGUUAUUGCCAAACGUUGCAGCUGUGCUAGUCAAUAUUUGUGAUAAACUACACCUCUGUCUCGUUGAAAUAAGAAUAAUGGCACCAUUUGGGGCUGUUAAAAAUUACUACUAACAAGUGUAGUUUUACUUACUUGAAUUCCAGACCGAUUUUAUUUAGGUACUGCACCACUAUUUUGAAGGAAUCACAGACAUAAUGCCUGUUUCUCACUUUCCCUUUCUCCCACAGCUACAGCUCAGUAAGUUUGGCAGUAGCUUCUUCCGUUAGACCUCCAUGGGAUGGGCUAUUGGGAAUAAUGAAGGGUGUACAUUAAUGUUGAAUGUAAGUAACUGGCCACUUCGGGGCAGAUACAGCAUUUGACGUGCUAAUCCAUAUCUAUUUAUUUUUCCACUGCGGGUCCCGGGGUGUACUUGCUUCCUGAAGCAGCUCCCCUUGGAGUUUUCCUGGAGCACUCAGUCAGUCAUACUGAGAAACUCCUUUCCUUGACCCAUACCGAAUACACUGAUACACGUGCCCGGUCACACAGCAGAUGUGUAUAAUAGAAUCCAGUUUUGUACUUUUCUCAGGAUGAUCUCUUUUCCCCCCCCACUCUUACCUUUCAUAACAAGAUGUUUAGCCCCCUAAAAAAAGAUUGAGGCUGGAUAAGUCAAAGUACAAGAAACACUUCGGACAUCUUCAUCUUUUAACUUUUCAGGUCAUUCUCGCUGAGAUCACGUCAUUAGUUUCAGUGUGUAAAUUAAAUCUUAAAUGCACUCAGUUGACUAAAAGGAGAUGGAUCCCUGUUACCUCCUUACAGAGUAUAUGUUUUUGUUUUGUUUUGUUUUGUUUUAUGGGCCUCUGAUUCAGGCUCAUGACUGCAGACAAAAAAUACAAUAUGUGCCUGAAAAAAAAAAAAAAAGACAAAAGAAUUUUAUAACAUUGAAAACCUGAAUAGCCUUUAAUUCUUCAGUACAUUUUAUGUAAAACAGGUUGGGUUUUUGUUUUGUUUUGGGGUUUUUUUGCCAUGUGCAUUUGUUCACAUUUGUAAAUGACUUAAUGGAAUUCUCACUUUAUGUUUAUUUGUGUAAUGUGUAUAAAAUGGGUUUGUGACUUAAGCAUAUUCAUAUAUGGUCAGUGGUUACUUUAAUAUUGUACUGCUGCUGGUAACUUUUGAUGUAGAACUUGCCUUUUGAUGAUAAAGUACCUCUAGGUUAGACAGUGAGGGAAGGCUCUUGGAAAAAAACUGAAUGUUCUCCAAUGUUUUCUUAACAUAUUUGCAGAAGCUUUCAAAAGGAGUUUCAGUCAAACCUCUUGGCAGUACAGUAUUCUUGUAUUUGUUAUUGUCUGUGUGUAGGUACUGGUACCUUUUUUUUUUUUGUUUAAAAUGUUUUAAGUGUUGGCUUUAAAGUGAAUUUAUCUUUAGUAUGAUAGUAAUAUGAAAAUUAUAGGUUUUGUGUGCAGAGAAUUUUUUUAUAAAGUGCUUUGUAAAAAAAAAAAAAAUGUAUUCUAGCUUUCGCGGUACAUAUGUGUGAUAACUUUAAUAUCCAUGACAGUUAAGUGCAAUUAUUUCAUCACUCUAAAAAUGCUAUUUUUGUGUCGGUUACUGCAGGUGUUUUCAUGUCUUUGCAAAGUGACACAUUUUGAUGCCUUCUUGAUAAAGUGGUAGAAUUUUUGUAGCUUUCUAGAAACUUUGUAUUCAUACAGUAUCGAUUGAAAAUAAAGACAAUGAAAGUGU